AUGAGAUCUCUCCCACAAUCACCACCCCUGCCCAAACCUGAAGACGACCCGGACCCUAUGGCCCGACCCGCACCAACCACAACCUCUCUCACCGUCCCUUUCCCAGCCUCACGCAAAAAAGGAACUGGGGUUCGACCCUGGCUCUCAUUAGACUCAACAGGCCAAGCCCAGGUAGUGGAAGUUGGCAAGCAUGCGAUCAUGCGCCGUACAGGCCUUCCUGCUCGCGACCUUCGGAUCCUUGACCCGUUACUUUCUUACCCAUCUACCGUUUUGGGUCGAGAGAGAGCGAUUGUUAUUAAUUUGGAGCAUAUUAAGGCUAUUAUUACAGCACAGGAGGUUUUGUUGUUGAAUUCUAGAGACCCUUCUGUUACUCCGUUUGUUGAAGAGUUGCAGAGGAGGUUGGUGUUUCAUUAUCAUGCUACUAAGGCUCAGGAGGGCAAUGGUGAUCAUUCAAAGGCAAAUCCUUAUCUUGCGGAAGAGCCCGAGUCAAAUGGUUCGAGUCCUGAAAACAAUCCAGAAGACUUUCCACAUUUUGAGGAUCACAACGAGGGGGUUAAGGCUGAAGGGAAAGAGGGUCUCGAGAAUCGAGAUGGAUCAAAGGUUCUUCCAUUUGAGUUUGUCGCAUUGGAAGCAUGCCUUGAGGCUGCCUGCAGUUGCUUAGAAAGUGAAGCAAAAACACUGGAGCAAGAGGCACAUCCAGCGUUGGAUAAGCUGACUUCAAAGAUCAGUACUCUCAAUUUAGAACGUGUCCGCCAGAUUAAAAGUCGAUUGGUUGCAAUAACUGGCCGAGUUCAAAAGGUUAGGGAUGAGUUAGAAAACUUGCUGGACGAUGAUGAGGACAUGGCGGAGAUGUAUCUAACAGAAAAGCUGGUUCAGCAACUGCUUGAAGAUUCUUCAACUUCCUCUUUAAAUGAGGGAAAUGGCAUGGAUGAUGAUGACCUUCAUGCAGACUUGGACGACAGCAUUCCUGCUGAGGUGUCAUUGGGAGCCCUUACUAGCCACGAGGAUGAUAUUAACAACAUUGAUAAUCAACACGAUCAUCUGUUCAGUGCACCCAAUGGACUUGGCAGAUACAGCCACACCCAUACCAGCACGACACGAAGUGCUAUAAGCAAGCAUCUUGAUGUAGAGGAGCUAGAAAUGCUCCUGGAGGCGUACUUUGUACAAAUUGAUGGCACAUUGAACAAAUUAUCAACGCUGAGGGAGUAUGUUGAUGACACAGAGGACUACAUCAACAUAAUGCUGGAUGACAAACAGAAUCAUCUCCUGCAAAUGGGGGUUAUGUUGACAACAGCAACCUUAGUGGUGAGCUGCUUCGUCGUCGUCGUCGGUAUUUUUGGCAUGAAUAUCAAAAUUGAGCUCUUCAAAGAAGAGGUGCAAACGGGAAUGCCAAAGUUUCUAUGGACUCUUGCUGGUGGCACUACCGGGAGCAUAUUCUUGUAUGUGAUUGCUAUUGCCUGGUGCAAGCACAAGCGAUUGUUAGACAAUUGA